AUGGUGCGCAAUCGCAGAGCUUCCGUCCUGUUUGGGUUGGUGCUUCUGUGCUGCUGGGUUACGAUCGAUUCCUCCCUUCCGGACGGAGCAUCACCUUCGCCUUCGUCUUCCGUGGGGGACGGAGUGUCGGAUCGUGAGGAGGAUUCGGGUGAUCCUACGCAUGAUGGUAGCAGCUUCAUCGAUCAGUACGAGGCGGGCGUACAGGCGUACCUCGGGAACGAGUGGGAGGACUGCGUGUACUUCCUGGAGCGAGCGCUAGAGGGCUACCGGACGUACUACGAGUCGGUGGCCAACUGUCGGCUGGAAUGUGAGUAUGCGGCGCGGGACGUGCGCAACCGGGGCGACUUCCUGCACCCCAGCAACGUGGACAACCUGCAGCACUACGAGCUGAUCCUGCGGCGUACGCUGUGCCUGUCGAAGUGUGCCCGCAAGUACGCCAUCUACCGGUAUCUGCCGUUCAGCGAGGACUUCGAUGGGCACUACAUGACGAUUUUCCAGGAGCAGAAAGCGUAUCCUUACCUGUACGCGUGCUACACGAAGACGAAUCAGAUUACCCUGGCUGCGUCGGCUGCCUUCACCUACCUGGUGCGCCACCCGGAAGAUACGGUCAUGAAGAAGAGCUUCGAGGAAGCGAUCGAGAAGCCAGGCAUCGAUCGAGACGAGAUACGGGAUCUGGAAGAGAAGAAAUUUGUCGAUCUACUGAUCGGAGGGAUCGUCGACGAGCAGGAGCAGAACUGGGAUCAGGCGAUCGAGCAGCUGGAGGCGUCGGUGAUGCAGUUCAUCUUCGACGAGAACCAGUGUCGGGCGUUCUGCGACGGGGAGUUCGAUCACGGAUUUCUGCCCGACUUUAUCACCGCCAUUGGAAAUCACUUCACCAACUCGCUCUACUGCAAGCGUAACUGCACCUCGAAUAUGGGCAUGGUGCGUGGCAAGUACUACGAAAAUCUGUUUCCUCGGCACUUCCGGUACCUGCAGAAUGCUUACUACCAGGUAAAAAAGUAUGAACAGUCCUACCGAGCCGGGAUGAGCUACCUUCUGUUCCAACCGGACGAUAUCGAUAUGCCGGAGUCGCUCAAGACGAUCGAGGCCGAAGCGAAGGGUAGCGUGACGGCCAACUUCUUCAAACCGCGUCGGGAAGCGGUCGAGUACAACGACCGAAUGGUGUACGAGGAAAAGCUGGUCCAGUUCGUAAAGCACGAAUUCGAUCAGCUGGAAGGGGGCGACUCGGAUGAGGGUAUGUUGGGAGAAGACACCAACGAUGAGUACGAGGAUGAAGUGGAGCCGAACACCGGGCCAUCCUUGGACAGUGCCGACCCGACGGCGACGGAUGUGAGCUCAGGAGAGGAUGCCCCUGUCGAUGCCGUCAACGAGUUAUACCGGAAGGAAACAGUUGGCUAUAGUGAUCGAGACGAGCUGUAGACGGAGCUAACGG